UGGCCAUUAUUUCUGUAAGUAUUACUAUACUCUGUGGGCCAUUAUUAAUUCUAAAGCAGAAUAAAUUUUGAUUGUUUUUAAUAAGGAAAGAUUUGUUUCGAAUACUUAAUAUAAAAAAAUUUUUUUUAAAAAGAUACAAAUUUCCUUAUAACAAUGGACUAUGUUUAUAACAAUCCCAUCCGACAAAGAAUUAAUAAAAUAUUUGAUAGCCACAUAAUAACUGAUAACAGCGAAGCUUUAUAUACAGUUUCUGGAUUGUGUUCGGCUAAUUCAUCCUACACCAGAAGAGUUUUAGUAAAUGAGAUCGAAAAGAGAGACCUGUUAGUUAACAAAACUAUUUUAACCGAAUACAAUAAAGUGAAAGAUAAAUUGCAAAUACUAAUCGAUUCUCUAAACUCUUUAGAUGUUGCUGUUAAAGAUAUGUCAAAUAGGUUACAUGAAUCAAAAACAAAAACACAUCAUAUUAUAGCUCAGACUACUAAAUUGAAAGAUGAUCGAAAGAAAACGAAAAAAAAGUUGCUAUGGGUUGAUGCUUUUGUGAAAAAUUUCCAAUUAUCCCCUGAUCAAAAUAAAAACCUUUUCAAUGUAUCUCCACUUACUCCUGAUUUCUUUAAUUCCUUGACACACAUAGAGAAAUUAAAUAAUGACUGUAGGACUCUUGUUAAGUGUUGGUAUCAAACACCAGCUUUUGAUAUCAUGGAAACAGUUGGACUACAACAAGAAGCUGCAAUUGAAAAACUAUACCAUUGGACAAUUGGAGCUUGCCUUAUUGUAGAUUCACCACAUAAUGCUCUGGUGCCUAAAGCGUUAGCCAAGUUUGAAAACAGGCAAGUAUUAUUUUGUAAUAUUAUUGAUGAGUACUGUAAUGCAAGGAAAGCAACUGUUGUGCAACUGUUUAUUGAUGCUUUAACCAAAGGUAGCGAGAAUGGUUCUAAACCCAUAGAAUUCUAUGCUAAUGAUGCUAAAAGGUACAUUGGAGAUAUAUUGGCUUGGGUUUAUCAGAUUAUACCAAUUGAAAAAGAAAAUUUAUCUACUCUUCUUAAAUUUUGUAACAUUCCUGAUAAAGAUGUAACAAUAACCGAAGCUCUUACAAAUAUAACGGAGGCCUUGUGUCCUCUGCUGAAAGUCAGAGCAGAACUAAUACUAAAACCUGAUAAAGACCCCUUAGUUCUUUGGGCUAUUACUAAUCUUGUAAUUUAUUACAAAGAUGUUAUACAACAUGUGAUUGGCAAAGGUCACAUGAUUGAUACUUUAGAUGAACUUUCAAGAAAGAGUGAGGAAGUCUUUCUUAUGACCUUAGAUAGCAAAAUACAGAAAGAAUUGAGUCAUGGUGUCAAAGCACCCCCGUCAGAUCUAAAUCCAUCCGUUGUUGUAACUGAUUUGGUCAGUUUUCUGAGAGAUUUAAUGAGUAUUACAAAUAACACUAGCCACACUGAUAAAAAAAUUAUUAUAACCCACAUUUUGGAUCCUCUUUUGCAUGCUAUUAAUGAAACAGCAUGCCAUUUGAGUUCAACAGAUAUGUCAGUGUAUACAUUAAAUUGUAUUUAUCACAUACAGUGUACCCUAUCAUUGUAUACUAUUUUAGAUGAAUAUAAUGAAAGACUUCAAGCCCAAUCAGAGGCUCAAAUUGAUACAUUAACGUCAGAGCAAGCAAGUUUCCUUGUGGCAAAUUUAAAUAUGGGUCCUAUUUACACAAUUUUACAAGAAAAAAUUGAUGGACCUCUCUCGGCCAUACCUGGAAUGGAUACAAAUUCAUUGAAAAUAUUUUUGAAUAAAUUUGACAUGUUUCUAGUAACACCUGAUGUUUACAUAUUACCACAAUUGAAUUUGCUCAUUAGUCAUACUCAUAAGUCAUUUGUAAAGAAAAGAGCUUUUGAAGUAAUAAUGGCUAUAUAUGAACAACUACAUCAGGCUAUACAUGAUCCUAAAAAUGGAUAUGCAGAACCACAAGUAAUAGUGAAAAGAACGCCAAACGAGGUCAAAAAGUUACUUGUGUAACUUAAUGUAUACUAAUUAUGAAUAAAUAUGUAAAAUGUAUUCUAAAUAUAGUAAAAAGUAAUUUUA